CCUGACGCGGGGACCUUGCGCAGUUCAGCCUCCCCUCCCGCUGGAGUGAAUGAGCCAGAAGCGCCGCAAAGUCCCUGAAAUGCGCUAAUCAGUCCAGACGACCGAGGAGCGACGUCAGCAUAGCGAACCAUCCACGCUCGCUCUGAAAAAAAGCAGAAACUUUUCCAAGAUCUUGUUUUUCUCCAGAAUAUGAAUACUUUUCCCACUAGAAUAAAAAUGUAGACUGCAUAUAGGUACGUAAAAACAGCGCUCAAGCAUUUUUUUCUAACUAAAUGAAGUGUAGGAUAUAUCCGAAUGAGAAAAUAAUAUCUGAGUAAUAAACAGGAGAUCCAUUUACAGCUAUGGACUAUUCGAAUACCAACGCGACGGACAAUUCGCAAUUCAAUGACACUUAUUCCAAUCAGUUUGUGCAGCCGGUUUGGAGGAUAGUGCUGUGGGGGAUCGCAUACAGCACUAUAGUGGUCGUGUCUGUGGUGGGUAAUACAGUAGUUAUAUGGAUCAUCCUGGCGCACAAACGAAUGAGAACUGUGACCAACUAUUUCCUAGUGAACCUGGCUUUUGCAGAGGCAUCCAUGUCCGCCUUCAAUACCGUGAUCAACUUCACCUACGCCGUGCACAACGAGUGGUACUUCGGACUGGUGUACUGCCGUUUCCACAACUUCUUCCCCAUUGCUGCGGUCUUCGCUGGCAUUUACUCCAUGACUGCGAUCGCCCUGGACCGGUACACUGCAAUCAUCCACCCCCUUCAGCAGCGGCUCUCAGCCACGGAGACCAAGCUGGUGGUGGCAGUGAUCUGGCUGCUGGCGCUGCUCCUGGCCUUUCCCCAGUACUAUUACUCCAGCACAGCCCAGCUGCCCGGACGCAUCGUCUGCUACAUCGACUGGCCCGAGUACACAGUCUGGAACUUCAAGAAGAUGUACUAUGUGUGUGUGGCAGUGCUUAUCUACUUCUUGCCCCUGCUGGUGAUGGGCUGCGCUUACCUGGUGGUGGGCCUCACCUUGUGGGCCAGUGAGAUCCCGGGCGAUUCGUCUGACCGAUACCAGGAGCAGCUGACAGCCAAGCGCAAGGUGGUGAAGAUGAUGAUUAUCGUCGUGUGCACCUUCGCCACCUGCUGGCUGCCCUACCACAUCUACUUCCUGCUGCAUGAGUUCUUCCCUCACCUGUUCGAGGAGCUCUUCAUCCAGCAGGUCUACCUCGCAAUCAUGUGGCUGGCCAUGAGCUCCACCAUGUACAACCCCAUCAUCUACUGCUUCCUCAAUGACCGGUUUCGCGCAGGAUUCAAGAGGGUCUUCUGCUGGUGUCCUUUCGUGUCUGACGGCUCAUACGAGGGCCUGGAGCUCAAGUCCACGCGGUACCUGCACACCCAGACUAGCGUGUAUAAGGUGAGCCGCAUGGAGGCCACCGUGUCCACAGUGCUGCAGCAUGCGGGGGAGGAGCUGGAGCUGGUGUCGCCAGGGGAAGCCAACCACUGCUGCCCAUCCUCCAACGGCUCCUCCUCGCACUGCAUCUCCAAGGUCCCCUCCGGGUCCUUCAGCAAUCUGGCCUGAUGUGCCGCGAUGGGUCUGACCUGCUGUGGAGACACCGGUGCUUCCGUCAGUUACCCUGCUCCUCCUUUGAUAACAAGCAUGUCCACGGAAAGUUCUGGAAGCAAACAUACUCGACAUGGACCUGGACCCCGACAGUCCACUCAAGAUACAUACAAACCCGAAGGCAGCGGCAUCCCCAAAACAUCGCCGAGCUGCUCCUCUGCCUCAUAACCUUUGGAAGCAAGAAGAGCCAGACUUUGAAGUGUCCUUUGGCACCAGACCUUCUCCCAUCUCUAUAAUGACCAUCUACUCAACCUGAGAACAGUGCUGAUCUGUGUCUGAGCUGAAUGCACUCGGUUUUCUUCAAGGUCCAUCAGAAAGGUUUUCAACUUGAUGCAGCCGAUUGGAUCUGACACUUCUAUGUCCCCAAGGCUAACCAUGACCGGCGGGGGGGUGGGGGGGGGG